AUGCAGAGAGCUAUAGAAAGUAAGUCGGAGCGGCCCCUCGGCCAAGCGGUGAGCAGAGCUAUUGAAGACGGUUUGAUCGGAGGUCGGAAGGAGCUCUUCAUCACUUCAAAGCUAUUUCCCACCGAUGCAUAUCCUGAUGGCGUUCUGCCUGCAAUCCGUGAGACUCUAGGAGCGCUUGAGAUGGAGUAUGUUGAUCUCUAUUUAAUACACUUUCCAGCGAGGUUGAAGGGCGAGAAGAGGUUCGUCUUCAAUGGCGACGACGUAAUCCCUUUGGACAUGAAGGGGACAUGGGAGGCAAUGGAGGAAUGCAAUCGCCUUGGCUUGGCCAAGGCUAUCGGUGUAAGCAACUUCUCCUGCAAAAAGCUCGAGCAGCUUCUCGUCCAUGCCAAGAUCUUACCAGCCGUGAACCAGGUGGAAAUGCAUCCUCUAUGGAAACAAACACAACUAAGAGAAUUUUGUAGCGAGAAAGGUAUCCACAUAAGUGCCUACUCUCCUCUCGGUGGAGUAGGUGUCAUUUGGGGCACUCCUGCUGUUCUUGCAAACCAAGAGAUCAAAAGCAUUGCAGAAUCUAAAGGAAAAAGCGCCGCGCAGGUUUGUUUAAGGUGGGCUUUUCAGAAUGGGGUAAGCUUCUUGCCAAAGAGUUUCAACAAAGAGAGGUUAAAAGAGAACAGUGAGAUAUUUGAUUGGGAAUUAAGCGGUGAAGACAUGAAGAGGCUUAAUCUUCUUCCACAGAAACGAGUGGCCCUUGCAGAGGCGUAUGUAUCACCUAAUGGUGUCUUCAAGUCAUGCGAUGAACUUUGGGAUGGGGAGUUGUGAUGCAGUUAUGUUUCCUUCAAAGAUGAUUAAUUUCAUAGUGAGAUUCACGUAAUUUGAAGGGAAUUUGGAUAUGCUUGUGCAAUUAAAAAUAAUGGAAGUAAUUGAGUAACAUUCUUAAAUUUGUGGAGAUUUUUCCAGCUACAAAAACAGUCUGGUUUAUGAAGAUUUUUGCU